GUGAUUGUGUUGUUUGCUGUAUUGCAAGUUAAGACAGGACUUUGGUUUUACUUUCAAUUUCCAAGGUGAAGCUGACGCUGCGUCAAACUCUCUCCACACAGCAUCAGCUCCUCUGUGCAGUUUGGAGCAGCUGCUGCUUCUUUAGAAGGAAAACAUUGAUCUGUACCGGAUCAGGAUUCACAGACUUUGCUCCACCUGAGUUCUUUUCAUGGGGGAGAAUCUCCCGAGGUCGCCAGGAGGAGCUCGUCUGAGGAGACCUGUGCAAACCCUCAGGGCUAAGAUGGUUCUUCUGGGGAGCUCUGGAGUGGGCAAGUCAUGUUUGGCUCUGCGAUUUGGGAAGGAUGAGUUCAGGAGCACAUCGCCUACUGUUGGCUGUGCUUACCUGACCCGGAUGGUGCAUUUGAGUGAUGUCAAUCUUCGCUUCGAGAUAUGGGACACGGCAGGACAAGAGAAAUACCACAGCGUCACCCCUCUCUACUACAGAGGAGCCCACGCUGCCAUCCUGGUCUAUGAUAUCAGCAAGAGGGAAACAUUUCUCAGAGCUCAGGUUUGGCUCAGAGAGCUGGAGAAGCAGGUCGUCCCAGGAUCUAGUGUCCUGUGGCUGGUGGGCAACAAGGGGGAUCUGGCUGAGGAGAGGCAAGUCUCAGUGCAGGAAGGACAGGAGCUGGCCAGAGACAGGGGGUUGUACUUUUCAGAGACAUCUGCAAUGUCGGGGUUCCAGGUCAGCGAGUUGUUAGCAGCUAUAGCCCUCAGGGUGUACGAGUGUUUGGGAGCCCAGCAGGAGGGUCUGUCCGAGUGGAGGGAGACACCGCUGGUGAAUCUGCAUCACAGCGACACGUUCUCUUCUUCUGCUGCUUCCUGCUGCCGAGUCGGGCCCUAGAAGAGAAGAGGAGAGAAGAGGGAGAGAGACGGAGGUAAUGUAAAGAAAUCAGCUGCACUGGUUGGAGCAGAGCGAUAUGAGACGACUUGGGACGACAGGAACGUUUGAUAAAUUAAUUCUCUUACAGUUAAUGUGACUGUCCCUCUUUUUAUUAACAUGGGAAAUGUUGGAAAACCUAGAAAACAAAUGAGAUAAACACACUUUUGUUUAUAUCGAGGGGAACCAACGUUGUGCGUCUUUUUUGAAAGAUUCAGGUUGUUUCACUUCACAAGAAUUGAACCUUUAAACUAUGUUGUUGCUUUAAGUUGUUUUUAGUUUAUUGUUUUUAAUUUCCUUUGAAGUAAAAGUGAUUUAACUUAAAAAGUUCAGACUCUAUUAACGUGACAUGAGUCUCAAUUUCCUCCGCACAGAAACAGCUGGUAGAAAUUAACUUUUUACUUUUAUACUUUCAUAUGCACAUUUCAGAGCCUGUACUUAUAUACUUCUAUCAAAGUAAAGAGGUUUAAUCAAUACUUUUAUACCUUUAAUUGAGUUGUUUGUCACACAGGUAUCUGCUACUUCUACUUGAGUAAAGGACAUGUGUACUUAUAUCACAUCUGCCUCUGACAUGUACCAGGAGGAGAGGAGGAGGGACAGGGGGCGUUGUACGUUCUUUAGGAUACGCCUGCAGGAGGCUGUACCCCCCCCCCCUCCCCUGUCUCUCCCGAUUCCUUUAGUCAUCAACAGUCAUAAAUAACACAAAUACAGUCCCUGUGCAUCCAUAACAUUGGGAUUAAGGGGAUUCCUGACUGUUUGUGAGACAGUAUUUCUGUCUGAAUUUGGCUGCAUAGACGCUCUUAUAUAAACCGACUUCUCUCCCCUGCAGUCGGGCUCUUGUAAAUGUUUGGUUGUGUUAUGUCCACACACACACAACAAGUGAUCCUCUAAGUGUGAAUUGUGUAUUCCUGAUUUCAAGCAUCACUCAGAAGAGGCUUUGUUGAGCUGAUUCAAACCAAGCUUGUGCGGAGCCAGAGGAACUGAGGGUCUUGGUUUUAGUUAAAGAAAGAAAGACACCAGACCUCCUGCUGAGAAGAUGACUUGAAGUAAAUAAAACUAUAAAACAGGAAUCAUUUGGUUUUCAUUGUAUAUAAAUAUUGAGAAUCUUAAAAACAACAGGACCCCUUUGCAGAUGUUGUGUAAACCUCUGGAAUCAUCUUAGUGAAAAGUGUGUCUUCAUUUUAACAGCUGAUCUAUGGAAAUAACCAAAGUUAUAAUAAAACAACGAAUAACUUGCAUAAUUAAUCAAUUCUUGACAGAGAAGAGUUCAGAGUAAUUUUUUUAAUGAGGCACAAGUGAUUGGAAGGAGAACACACCAGUGGUACACACACUGCAUUCAAACUUUAUUGUCUCAUGUUGUUUAUUGAAUUUACAAAACAAUUUUCAAGGAAAACACAUUUUUAAUGGAUUUUGUAUGAAAAAGUAUUUUACUUUUCACCAUCUGAGCUUUUGUAUUGAAGGAAACAAUAAAAGUAUUUAAAAGAAAA